UACCUUGCGUUCACCUCCAGUUCACCUCCGGCUCAUCUCCAACUCCGCAACCCACUGCCACUCCCAAAUUUUACCCUUCCCUUACCCUGCAACCUCCUGCUAUACCUCAAGCAGCUCGCAGCCAUGUCUCGGAGAUACGAUUCUAGGACGACCAUUUUCUCCCCGGAAGGACGUCUCUACCAGGUCGAAUAUGCCCUGGAAGCCAUCUCACAUGCAGGAACUGCAUUAGGCAUCCUUGCGCAGGAUGGCAUCGUGCUUGCGGCAGAGAGGAAGGUAACUAGCAAACUGCUGGAGCAGGACACGUCGGCGGAGAAGCUCUACAUUCUGAACGACAACAUGAUUUGUGCCGUAGCAGGAAUGACAGCCGACGCCAACAUCCUCAUCAACUACGCCCGCCAAGCCGCGCAGCGCUACCUCCUCACCUACAACGAAGACAUCCCCUGCGAACAGCUUGUGCGCCGUCUGUGCGACCUCAAGCAAGGCUACACGCAACAUGGGGGUCUCCGUCCCUUCGGCGUCUCCUUCAUUUACGCGGGGUGGGAUCCUCAGCGACAGUUCCAGCUGUACCAGAGCAACCCGAGCGGGAACUACGGUGGCUGGAAAGCAACGAGUGUCGGUGCCAACAACGCUUCGGCGCAGAGUCUGCUGAAGCAGGACUACAAGGAAGAGUGCGAUCUCAAAGAGGCUUGCGGGCUUGCCGUGAAGGUGCUGAGCAAGACCAUGGAUUCGACAAAGCUGAGCAGCGAGAAGAUUGAGUUUGCAACGGUGGGAAAGACGAAGUCAGGCGCCAUCUACCACCACCUCUGGGGAGCUGAUGAGAUUGAUGCUCUGUUGAAAGAGCACGGCCUGGCCAAGGCCGAGGAUACGGAAAUGACUGAAUGAUGAUCACAGGUGAUAGAACUUGUAUCUUACGGGUGGCAAAGGCGUUGGCGUAGACCGGUCAAGCGGCCUGUAGCAUACCGUUUUAGGUGAGAUUCUCAUAGCAUUUUUGGAACAGAAUUUCACCCAUGGGCCCACGUCC